UGACACACUAAGGCCUGUGGUUAAAGCUGGCCUCCCCAGUCUGGGGUUAGGAUCCAGGUGUUCCCAAGACACAAUAAAGUAAUUGGAGGUCGAGGAUGGCCGCGGACGUGGAUCAAACAACCCCCGAGGAUGGGCACCGGUCCCGGGUGUCCAGAGUGAUGUGGACGCUGGUCAUGGUCGCUACUGUCCCUCUUCUCGCGUUUGGGAUCAAGUAUUACCAAGAUGCCCAGUUCCUCAAACGACAAGAAGAGAGUGUUCGAACUCUGGGUGCCGAGGGGCUUUUUCUCUUCUCCUCCUUAGACACCGACCAUGACCUCUAUCUCAGUCCGGAAGAGUUUAAACAAAUUGCAGAGAAACUCACAGGGAUUACACCCCCAGUUGAUGUUGAGGAGGAAGUGAUCCAUGACCCUAAUGGAGAAACUUUGACCUUGGAGGCUAAAAUGCAGCCUCUGCUGCUCGACACAAUGACAAAAAGCAAGGAUGGCUUUCUUGGGGUUUCUCACAGCUCUCUGUCUGGCCUGCGCUCAUGGAAGAGCCCAGCUGUGCCUUCCUCUUCCUUCUCUGCCAGCCAGUUCAGGGUCUUCUUGCCCCCAAAGAACAAGGUGGAAGUGGGAGACACGUGGUGGGUGAUUCCCAGCGAGCUCAACAUCUUCACUGGGUACUUGCCAAACAAUCGUUACCAUCCUCCCACACCAAAGGGAAAAGAGGUUUUCAUCCACUCCUUGCUGAGCAUGUUUCAUCCCCGGCCCUUCAUCAAAUCACGUUUUGCUCCUCAGGGUGCAGUCGCCUGCAUUCGUGCCAGCAAUGACUUUUAUUAUGAUAUUGUCUUCAGGAUUCAUGCAGAGUUUCAGCUGAAUGAAGUUCCGGACUUUCCCUUCUGGUUCACGCCGGGGCAAAUGACCGGAAACAUAGUCCUCUCUAAAGACGCUUCUCAUGUCCGCCACUUCCACCUCUAUGUCCCCAGUAACAGGUCUCUAAAUGUGGACAUGGAGUGGCUGUAUGGGGCCAGCGAGAGCAGCAACAUGGAGGUGGACAUCGGAUACCUGCCACAGUUGGAGCUACAGUCCACAGGCCCGUCCACUCCCUCCAUCAUCUUAGACGAGGAGGGUAACAUCAUCGACAGUCGAACCGGCGGGAGCAGCGAACCGAUCCAGUUUGUUUUUGAGGACAUCCACUGGACCGCAGAGAUUAGUCCGCAACAAGCCGCUCACCGCCUGGAGGUCACCUUCUACCCGUUCAAGAAGGUGUCCUACUUGCCCUUUUCUGAGGCCUUUGAGAGAGCUGAAGCAGAUAAAAAGUUGGUACAUUCCAUUCUGCUUUGGGGAGCAUUAGACGAUCAGUCCUGCUGAGGUUCGGGGCGAACUCUUCGGGAGACAGUCCUGGAAAGUUCGCCCGUCCUGGCUCUGCUCAACCAGAGCUUCAUCAGCAGCUGGUCUCUGGUCAAAGAGCUGGAGAACAUGCAGGCUGAUGAUCAGAACCCUGCGUUGAGUGAAAAGGCUCGUUUACACCUGGAGAACUAUAACUUCCCUGUGGAGAUGCUGUUGGCUCUUCCCAAUGGAACUAUUGUCCACCACAUCAAUGCAAACUUCUUCCUGGACCAGACAGCCAUGAAACCAGAGGAGGAAGGAGCCACUUUCAGCUUCUCUGGGGGGUUUGAGGACCCCUCCACUUCAACUUACAUCAGUUUCCUGAAAGAGGGGUUGGAAAAAGCCAAGCAGUACUUGGCACAGUAAAGUGUGUGUGUGUGUUUUUGCGCAUGUGUAUGCGAUAGGGCCCACAAGACUAAAGUGGAGGAAGUCAUCAUCAUUCCUCUGGGUAAUGAACCGAGAUAAUGAAAACCCUCUAACAAUUAGAGGGAAGCUUUCUCAUUUGUGUUGGCAGCUGAAAAAUCUUUUUUGCCUUCUCUCCUCUUUUCUUACUAUUUAUUUAGGCGUGGUCAAAAAUGUUAUACUUAAAAAAAUUAACCAGUAUUUCUAUUGUGCACAGCACAUAUUAAUUACCUACAGGGAAAUAUUACAUCUCAAACCUGUCAAUAUAGUACAUUAUAAUGACAUACAAAAGGCCUCCCAUACUG